CCUUGAAAUGCCAAGUGGGGACCAGUAGGGCUGCUGUAUAAAUCUUCAACACUUCAACCCUGUUCUCUUCUCACUCCUGCCUGAAAUCUUUCUUGCUGCCUGACCUGGUCCCAAGAUGAGCAGUCCCCUGGAGCAAGCUCUGGCCGUGAUCGUCUUUACCUUUCACCGUUACUCCGGCAAAGAAGGUGACAAAUUCAAGCUGAGCAAGGGGGAGAUGAAGCAGUUGCUAAAGAAUGAGCUCCCCAGCUUUGUCGGAGGAGAGGUGGAUGAAGAAGGGCUGAAGAAGCUGAUGGGGAACUUGGAUGAAAACAGUGACCAGGAGGUGGACUUCCAGGAGUAUGCUGUCUUUCUGGCCCUUAUCUCUAUGAUGUGCAAUGACUUUUUCAAGGAUUGUCCUGACCGUCCCUGAAAUAACAUACCCUUUCCCAAUCCCCUGCCCUACUUUACUUCCCAUGGCAUCUAUCUGGCCCUGGGCUCAGUGCAUUGUUUGUUUUAUAUUCAAUAAAGGCUACUUUGAAGAUAGA